AUGGGGUCGGAGAAUCAUUAUCAGAUGAAUAUGGUGAAAGGGGAGUUCGGAUACGUACUCGAAGAUGUCCCAAAUUUCACCGAUUACAUCUCCGAUCUUCCUACUUAUCCUAAUCCACUACGAUCCAAUCCUGCAUAUUCAGUUGUUAAGCAGUAUUUUGUUGACAUCGAUGACACUGUCCCUCAAAAGAUUGUUGUUCACAAGGACACUCCAAGAGGGGUACAUUUUCGACGAGCUGGACCUCGUCAAAAGGUAUAUUUUGCAUCAGAUGAGGUGCAAGCUUGUCUUGUGACAUGUGGUGGUUUGUGUCCUGGGCUAAACACAGUGAUCAGGGAAAUUGUACAUAGCCUUGAUUGCAUGUAUGGUGUCAACAAAGUCCUCGGAAUUAAUGGAGGUUAUAGGGGUUUCUAUUCAAAAAAUACCAUUACUUUAACUCCAAAGACUGUUAAUGACAUACACAAGCGUGGUGGGACAAUCCUGGGAACAUCUCGAGGUGGCCAUGAUACCACAAAGAUUGUUGACAGCAUUCAGGACCGUGGAAUUAAUCAGGUUUAUAUAAUUGGUGGAGAUGGAACUCAGAAAGGAGCUGCUGCAAUCUAUGAGGAAAUCAGAAAGCGUGGUCUAAAGGUUGUCGUUGCUGGUAUCCCCAAGACAAUUGACAAUGACAUUCCGGUUAUUGACAAGUCAUUUGGUUUUGAUACUGCUGUAGAGGAGGCUCAACGUGCCAUCAAUGCUGCACAUGUUGAAGCUGAAAGUGCGGAGAAUGGCAUUGGUGUGGUGAAGCUAAUGGGUCGCUAUAGUGGAUUUAUUGCAAUGUAUGCUACUCUGGCUAGCCGAGAUGUUGACUGCUGUUUGAUUCCGGAAUCCCCCUUCUAUCUUGAAGGAGAAGGUGGACUUUUUGAAUACAUUGAGAGAUGUCUCAAAGAAAAUGGGCACAUGGUCAUUGUGAUAGCCGAAGGAGCAGGACAGGAGCUUCUUGCAGCCAAAAAUGAAGAGGAUGCUUCAGGGAACAGGCUACUUCAAGACAUUGGUUUGUGGAUUUCUCAAAAAAUCAAGGAUCAUUUUGCCAACAAACUUAAAAUGCUCCUUACACUAAAAUAUAUAGAUCCAACUUAUAUGAUUCGUGCUAUUCCAAGUAAUGCAUCUGACAGUGUAUACUGCACUCUCCUUGCUCAAAGUGCUGUUCAUGGAGCAAUGGCAGGGUACACGGGUUUCACUACCGGGCUUGUCAAUGGCCGGCAUACAUUUAUUCCUUUUAAUCGAAUUACUGAAAGGCAAAACAAGGUUGUCACAACUGACAGGAUGUGGGCAAGGCUUCUUUCUUCGACAAAUCAACCAAGCUUCAUCGGCCCUAAAGAAGCUGCUGAGAUCGGAAAGCAGAAAAAACCUACAACCCAGUUACUGGAUGAUGAGGAUGAUUGCACUGACGAGAGGGCAGGAACAUCUUUCAUGGUUACCAGUCUGAUAGGAUGCCUCAGCUGCGGGCAAUGA